UAUCUACCCCCGAGACAGAAUCCAUGGCCCUCUGGAAACCAAUAGUUGUGUUGUUGCUGGCCUGUGUGUCCUGGCCACGGGGGGCUACGGAGGACCUCCGCAGUUUCAAGGAGCAGCUCAGUGACUGUCUGGAGGACAAGGACUACCAGGAGCUUCUGGACAUCAGUAUCCAUGGCCUCCCCCCUGCCCAGACCCCUCGGCAUGUGGUGGUGGUGGGCGCCGGCAUGGCCGGCCUGACCGCUGCCAAACUGCUGCAGGACGCGGGACACCAGGUGACGGUGCUGGAAGCUAGUGGGAGGGUGGGCGGGAGGGUGGAGACCUACAGACAUCAGACAGGGGGCUGGUAUGCUGAACUGGGAGCCAUGAGGAUUCCAAGCUUCCAUCAGAUUGUGCUGUACUACGCCCAUGUGCUUGGCGUGGCAUUGCGUCAGUUUGUGAUGUAUGACCCCAACACCUUUUACCUGGUCAACGGGCAGCGUGUGAAGACCGACGCAGCGCGGAGAAACCCCGCCCUCCUCAAAUACAACAUCACCCAUAAGGGGAAGGCCCUGUCGGCUGAUCAGCUGCUGGAUCGGGCCUUAAAAAUGGUAAAAGACGCACUGAGACAUGAAGGAUGUGAGGCAACUUUUAAGAAAUAUGACCAGUAUUCUGUCGAGGGAUAUUUGGUUCAAGUGGCUAAUCUGAGUUCUGAGGAGGUGAGGAUGAUAGGAGACCUGCUCAAUGAGAACAGCUGGAUGUACACCGCCCUCACGGAGAUGCUCUACGAACAAGCAAAUCUCUGCGACAACAAUGAGUAUUUUGAGGUGGUGGAUGGCUCAGAUCGUCUCCCUCAAGCCUUGAAUAACGUCCUGGUUGAACCCGCCCAGCUAAACUCUCCGGUCAAACAAAUCACCCACUCAGACACUGGUGUUGAUGUAUUUUACCUGAAGGGUAAAGACUCAGAUCCGACCGAGCUUUCUGCUGACGCAGUCCUGGUCACGACCACAGCCAAGGCAGCUCGCUUCGUAGAAUUUGUCCCCCCGCUGACCCCAGGAAAGAGGCAUGCACUGAGCAGCGUUCACUACGACAGCUCCACCAAGAUCAUCCUCACCUUCAGCCGAAGGUUCUGGGAGGAUGACUGCAUCAAGGGGGGGAAGAGCAUCACAGACCGUCCCUCUCGCUUCAUCUACUACCCCAGCCACGGCUUCCCCCAGAACCCAGACAUCGGCGUGCUGCUGGCCUCCUACACCUGGUCUGAUGACUCUCUGCUCUUCCAGGGCCUGGGGGAUGAGGAGCUGAAGGAGGUGGCCCUGAAGGACCUGGAGCUAAUCCACGGGCAGCAGGUCUGGGACCUGUGCACGGGGGUGGUGGUGAAGAAGUGGAGCUCUGACCCAUACAGCCUGGGAGCCUUCGCCAUGUUCACUCCCUACCAGCAUACUGAUUACUCGUCUGAGCUCUUCCAGUCCCAGGGCAGGGUUCACUUCGCUGGGGAACACACCGGCUUCGCUCACGGCUGGAUUGAAACAGCCAUGAAGACGGCCAUCAGAGCUGCCAAGAACAUCAACCACCAGCUUCAAGACGGCUUCAUGUCCACUGAUAGAGAAGAGCUCUGACUCCAACACCAAGCUUCAAGACAGCUUCAUGUCUACCGCUAGUGGAGAUUGUGGUAGAAAUUAAUGAUUAUAUUCUAUGGUAAACCAUGAUUAUUAUUAGGCCGAUAUAUCUAAUGGUAGAAAACAUUUAAAGCGUCUCUGGAUUCUGAUACAGGGCUUGACAAGGUGCCAGGGAGUCUUGGGUCAGAGCGUAAAUUGGAAACCCCCCACAGGAGCAGGAAGCCACGGGGUCAAUGCGUGCUGAACUCAGCCUGGUUUUUCUAGAUUAUCUUGCUGACCAUUUGGUUAGGGAAAUUUAUGAUUGAUUGUGGGCGGACACCUCAAACAAGAAACUGCUUUGUGUGUGUGGAUAAAGAGGAAGCCGAGAUCUGUUGACCGCCAGUGUUUUGCAAACAAUUCGGCCUUGUUGUUUUUGUCAUACUUGCUCCGGACCCCUCGAUUUCUUUUCCUCUCUCUUAAGUUAGUUUAUAUCUCGGUUUAUUCCACCACAAGAUCUCUAACUCUAACACCCCAGCAUUAUUUUGUUAUUAAUCACAUAUAUUGAAGCCUGAGAAGAUAGUACCUUCAUGCUAGCAGUACUAGCUCUUUAUUUGCAUGUGUAAGCCUUUAGAACCAAUCUAAAACUAAAUUGAUGUCCGCUAUGAACUCUAAAGGUAAUGAUAAAUCGACCAAUCUAAGAGUGCAGCCUACAUGAAUGCAAUAUCCUAGCUAUGCACACAUUACGUCACCUUUCCAAGAACUGUUACUUAACUGUUACUUACCUGUAUUCCUUUAUCACUUUCUCCCCAUGUUUACAAGUUCACCUCCUUUAUUUCCUUGUCAGUUCCUGGUUUUUGUCCCUUUAUCCUUUUGGUGCCCAACUUGUAGUGUUCUUCUGCCUGGUCAUGGAACAGAUAUUGAGUGUUUUAUUAAAAGCCCUUUUUUGUUA